AUGUAUAAUGAUGGUGAUUUGCGUGAUCACUUUCGUCAGUUUAUCCGGGCGUAUAAUAUGAUGUUUUCUUUCACUUCUCUUAGAGUUAGAAACGAGCAGAUGUUAGCCACUGUAACCAGCGAACAGAGAAGUGUUUAUGAUGAGAUCCUAGAAGCAAUAAAUAAGAACAAAGGAGGUAUGUUCUUUGUUUCUGGUUCUGGAGGUACUGGUAAAACUUAUUUGUGGAGUCUAUUAGGAUCUGCUCUACAUUCCCAAGGUGAUGUUGUUCUUAAGGUUGCAUCGAGCGGGAUUGCUGCGUUGUUAUUAGAAGGAGGCCGAACUGCGCAUUCAAGAUUUGCAAUCCCUAUCGUGGUUAAUAAGUUUACCUUCUGUUCAAUCAAGAAGGAGUCGAAUCUUGCCGACCUGAUAAGGAUUGCUAAACUCAUUAUAUGGGAUGAGGCGUUGAUGAUGAGUAAAGACUGUUUCGAGACUCUAGAUAGAACGAUGCGUGAUAUAUUAGAAGUUGAUAAGCCCUUUGGUGACAAGGUCAUUGUUUUAGGAGGGGAGUUCAGGCAAAUGUUGCCAGUGAUUCCAAAUGUCGGGAAGACAGAGAUACUUAUGGCCACUUUGAAUUCGUCACCUCUGUGGUACAAAUGUAGAGUGUUGAGACUUACACAAAACAUGCGACUUAUAGCUGGAGAUAAUAGCCGUGCGAUGCUUGAACGAGCUGCCUUUACAAAAUGGAUCUUAGACAUUGGUGAUGGAACGAUAAAUGACGAUGGAAGUGGUGAAGCCGUGAUUAAUAUUCCUGAUGAUCUGUUGAUUAAAGACUGUAAAGAUCCUAUAAAAACAAUCGUCAAAGAAAUUUAUGGGAGUUCGUUUUUGAAAGAGACUGAUCCUAAAUUUUUUCAAGACCGUGCCAUACUGAGUCCAAGAAACGAUGAUGUAGAUACGAUAAAUGAUUACAUGCUUUCAAAGUUGUCGGGUGUUGAAAGGACCUAUUUUAGUUGUGAUAGCAUUGAUACGGCUGAAGAAGUUGUCAAUUACAAUGAUGCAUCUGAAGUAUCCUUAGAGAGUGUAGCCAACGUUAUGGGAACUAUUGUGAAUAUGGGUCCACUCUGCAAUGCAAGUAAUGAUGCUUAUGAAGAAAAUCUCGCUUAUCUCCGAUUUGAGAUAGUAGAUGCACGAAGAGAAGGUCGGUUAGCAUGUUACGCCCGUGGUUCUCUAGCAAUAAAUCUCCAUGAUGUAUAUCUGAGAAACACAUGUGAAUCGGUUGUCUCGGUGUUAAGGUUCUGGAAGAUGACAAAUGGCCAAGGAGUCGAUAAGAAGUCUGUGGUUCUCCAAUCUAAUGAUCUAUGCUCAGAUUUUUUGUACAAUCAUAUCGAUGCAGAAGUUGAUGCAUUUAGAACGACGUGA